CCUUGGCUGCCAGCCUCCUGCCCCACUUUAGAAUCGGGGCCACCCGCGCCGUGGGGCUGGAUGGCCUCGGGCGGCUGCGACAGGCGGCACCGGCGGCAGGUGCCGGACCGCGCCGUACCGCAUCCGCAGGCACCCUCCCGGCCUCCGCGAGCCUUGGCCCCGCGAGCCGCUGUGCCCGGUCCUCUGCAGGCACCCCCGUGUGUGUGGUGAGCGUGGCAGCCUGCACGUCGCUCUCUGUGGGGUGACUGCUCUGCCCUCUGCGGCACAGCCAGAUCCGAGGCACACCCCACAGCCUGGGCUUUCUCGGUCGUUGCUGCCCAGAGAGUUUAUGGGAGCAGCAGAGGUCAUGCUGGCAGCCCUGGCGGGCAGGGGUUGCUCUCACAGUUUGGAGUGAGACGGUGCUAUUCUGCCCUGGGGAGAGAUGAUCACUGGUGCCUGCAUGGUAGCCAGUGGGUUCCCUGGCAGUUGCAAUUUGUGCAGGAGUACGAUGUGCAAAUAAGGUCUCCCGAUUUCCCUGUGGGUUCGGGUUAUUCCAGUUAUGAGUCAGAGCUUCUGCAAGUGUGCCAGUGAUGUUCAGGGAGCUAAUCCCAGGGAAGAGGUGAAAAAUAACCCUGAAAAGUAUUCGCUUAAUGUGAACAGUAUAUACCUAGGCAAUUCCCAGGGAAGUGUACAAACCUGGUGUUAGUAGCAGAGCAGGUAACUUCUGUGUUCCUGUUCCUUCGCUCCUCGGUGGGAUGAAUCCCCAAGAAGAAGAGAGAGACUGACUCCCUGUGUCCUAGCCCUUCUGCAUAUCUCCGCUCUCACCAUCCUUAUGCUCUUUGGGAUUUAAGGAAAGUAAAUGUGUGCUAACACCUGCUUCAGCUCUCCUUGAAAAUCAUCACUAGGAAGUACUUGGCACAAGAGAAGUGUUCAUUUGUGUGUGGCACAUUAGUCUGAUAACUAGAGCUUUUCCCUUUGAUGAGAGUGAACUCUCUGUUGAAGUCAAUGGCGUUGUCUUGUGGGAGCAGAGGUUGAAUGGAUGCUUCUACAGCACUUGCUUUGUGUGUUCUCUGCCAGCGGUGGUGAUGUCAGGACUGACUGUGCCACACAAUGUGCUGCUGAAAUGGACUGGGUUCUGGAGGAAGCUGGAGAUGCUGAGGACUGUCCCUAGGGAAUCUUCCUUGAGUGAAGAGACACUCUGCCCAUUGGGUUUUUUAUUGUUAUUGUUGGUUUUAUUGACUGCGGCAAUGGGGUUUGAAAAGAGAGGACAGAGGAAACAGAAGCCAGUCCCCCUUUAAUUCUGUGACCUGCAAAGCAAUGCACGUGGGAGAUCUCAUAGAAUCAUUUAGUUUGGAAAAGGCCUUUAAGGUCAUCCAGUCCAAGUGAUGAUCCUUCUCCCUCUAUGCAUUGGAGUUCAUCCAUAAAAUGUGUUUUCCUGGAAGCUAGUUUGCAUCCUUGAAAUACCAGUCCAAGCUCUUCUUUAGCACAGAUUUUUUGUUAUGCAGCUGCUUCCCAGACAUUCAACUUGGACUGUGAGUGCUGGAUGAGCUGCCCUUUCCGUGGAGGUGCUGCUGUGAGUGAUAGUUGCCAGAGGGUCUGGCUUCGGUUAUAUGGGGACAAGUUGGGGAUUUUGAUCUGACCAAGCAUGGCAGCAAAUGCUGCUGUUCUGAGGUGUGCUAGCAUCUUAGGUGGGUGGGAUGAAUGCAGUCUAGAGCACAUCCUGCUUGUAGUGAAAUAGAUGAGACCUGGGAAUGCAAGGUUUUUGCAGAUGGCACUGAACACUGCAGCAUCUGAGGCCCUGUGCAGAUAUGUAGGAGCUUACUAUCUGUGCUGACAGCCUGCACCUCCAGGAACGGAGGACUAAAAGCUUUGAGAGUGAACUGUGCUUUCAUUCUCUUCCAAGAACCUCAUGGAGCCAGGAGAGUGCCCUGCUGCAUGCAGGUAGCGGCUUUGCUGCUGGGAGCAGGGCAGCUACAGCAAGAUGCCCCAACACUGCUGGGGAUAGCCAUGGGGCCACUGGCAGGUGGCUUAUGCUGCUGAGGGAUUUUGUCUCUGCAGAGCUUCCUGAGAGCUGGGCUGAUAUGCAGGAGCCACUGCUUGAGGGGAUGUGCUUCACGCUCAAGUAUCUCGGCAUGACACUGGUAGAAAAACCCAAAGGAGAAGACAUGGCUGCUGCUGCCAUCCGCCGGAUCGUGGCCACGGCACGGGUGGGAGCUCGCAAGUUCCAGAAGGUGAUUCUGACAGUGUCUCCGAGGGGCAUCUCACUGCAGGAUGCAGACACCAAGGAGAUGGUUGAGAACAUCUCCAUCUACAGGAUCUCCUACUGCACAACAGACAAGCUGCAGAACAAAGUAUUUGCUUACGUUGCCCAGAGCCAGGAGAGUGGGGCACUGGAGUGCCAUGCCUUCCUCUCGCCCAAGAAGAAGAUUGCCCAGGCUGUGACUCUGACCGUGGCUCAGGCUUUCCAGAUGGCACUGGAUCUCUGGGAAGCAGCACAUGCAGGCUCUAGGCAGGAACAGCCCCUUCACCCUUCAUGUGUCCUGGAGAGCAGUGAGCCCGGCAGACCAAGUGAGCCAGCCCCCCCGGGGAGCCCUCCCUUCAGACACCAGUUUGGGGAGGAGGAAGAGGAGGAGGAAGGUGAUAACGUUGGUGACACCCUACCUGGAGUCAGCACCUCUCGUGCCCAGAGCAAGCUCUCCUACUACGCAGUUACUGUGCUACCGCCUGGGGCAACCCCCAGACGGCUGGAAGGGGCUGGCAGGAGCUGGAGCCCUCCCCAUGCUUGGCCCCACAACUGCUGGCCCCCAGCCUCCCCUGGGCUAAGCCACAUCCCUGCAGCAACAGACCAGCCACUCAGGACUCACCCUGUGCCUGCGCUGCCCUGGCACUGCCCGCUCGGCGCGGGGGCUGCUGGCACCGCUGCCCUCAGCACAGCCACCGCGGCGCCUGCUCCCUCUCCUGCGCUCUGCCUGCAUGAACCGCUCAAGCCGAGCUGCUCCCUGCUCCUGGUGUGGGCGGCUGGACCCCUGCUCCCUGUGCGGGCAGAGCCACCUGCCUGGCUCCUGGCCUGCAGGGCGCCUGGGACUGCACCGUCUGACCUGCUUCGCUUGUUCCUCCCCCAUCCCUCUUCCUGGGGACCAGCUGAGGCUGAGCAGCUCCUGGAGAUGGAGGACUUGCUUGGCCUGUGUCCCCCUCAGGGAGCUCCUGGCCUGAAGGAGUGAGUGAGGAAGGCCUUGCCCCACAAUUCACCCCCCCCACCCUCUCAUGAGUGAAAUGAGCUGGUUUUUAAAGAAAAGCUCUGCCUUUAUAGGGAAAUAAACGUAAGUUUUUUACUGUUGUCA